AUGUCUGUUCCAUCGAUAGAAGAUGCUAGACGGGCCGUCAAGACGAAGGAUUACUCUAAGGCCGAAGAGAUAUAUAAUGACCUGCUUUCCGCGAAAUCUGUGAGCGACAAGAUCAAUCAGAGUAAGGAGAAUGCCAUCCUAGAACUGGGUCAAAUGUAUCGCGAUACCGAUAACAAGGAAUCGCUAGUUGCGUUGAUUUCCCAAUCGGAGGCCAUUCUAAGCACGUUUGCGAAAUCUAAAACCUCCAAGAUUGUGAGAUCUUUGAUUGACCUUGUUGAAUCACUACCAGGUGGUGAGGAAGUGCUGGACUUGACAAUCAAGGUGACCAGCGACUGCAUUGAAUGGGCCGUUAAGGAGAAGAGAUCUUUUUUGCGCCAGGCGCUGCAAUUGAGAUUAGCGUCUCUGUACUACAAGAAGAAGACAUACACGGAAGCUUUGGCAAUUAUAAACAACCUGCUGAAGGAGUUUAAGAAGCUCGAUGACAAGUCGUCGCUUGUGGAGGUGCAGCUUUUGGAAGCCGAGACUUACUUGGCGUUGAAGAACUUUGCAAAGUCGAGGGCAUCGCUCACUUCUGCCAGAACAUCCGCGAAUUCCAUCUAUUGCCCUACACAGCUACAAGCUCAGUUGGACCUGAUGAGUGGAAUACUUCAUGCCGAGGACAAAGACUACAACACCGCGUUUUCCUACUUUUUUGAGUCUUUUGAGAGUUUCCAACUACACACAGAAGAUGAGAAGACCAUAAAGGUGCUGAAAUACAUGCUGUUGUGUAAGGUGAUGCUGGGGCUUGUUGCCGACGUCAAGACGAUCUUGGCCAGCAAAAACAUCACCAAAUUCGUUGAAAACAAGGACAUCGAUGCAAUGAAGGCUGUUGCUACCGCUCACUCGAACAGGUCUUUGGGCGAGUUUGAGGGAUGUCUCAAACAAUACUCUGCUGAACUGACCCAAGAUCCAAUCAUCCGCUCACAUUUGAACGAGCUCUAUGACUCUCUCUUCCAGCAGAAUCUGCUUAAGCUGAUUGAGCCAUAUUCUUGCAUCGAAAUUCAACACAUCUCUUCAAUGAUUGGUCUAUCGACGAAGGUGAUCGAGAGCAAACUGAGUCACAUGAUCUUGGAUAAAGUGUUCUACGGAGUCCUAGAUCAAGGAAACGGUUGGUUGAUUGUCUAUGACGAACCCCAGGUUGACGAGGGCUACGACUUGUCUUUGAGUGUAAUCAAGAACAUGUCGAGUGUGGUGGAGCUCCUUUACGAGAAAGCAUCGUUUUUGAACUGA